AUGAGACCAGGGGAGCAGGCCGAUAGCCGCAGCGCCGACGCCAUCCACGAGGAGCGACAACAGCUGGAGCAGCAGGCCGAGACCAUCUUGUUCUCGCACGGCAGCCUGUAUGCCGUCAUUGCUAUGCUCACGCUGGCCGUGCUCUUUUGUGCUGGUGUGCUCGCCUACAGCGUCCGCAGGAACGACCUGCUCAAAACCGAGUACCGCCGCGUCUUGGAAGCCUUCGCGCUGAGGAGAUCCAGGACGACUAGGUUCCCCACCGAGCCCGAACCAACCGAAACAUCCGAAACCAUGGGCCCGGCACCCAAACUCGACGAAUCCACUCAGGACGCCAUCCUUCUGCUCCUCACGCGCAAGCCCAUCUCUAAUAUACAGCAUCCUAAUCUAAACAAGCGCCCCACAACAAAACUCAUGACGACUCCCGGCGGCGAUACGGUUUACUACGACGACUUGGCCAGCGGCAUCAAGCGAACGCCAAAAGGUACACGGAGUGGUCGAUCUACGCAGCAAAAAACCACCGCGACGCGAAACGAGACGGCAACGAGCUCGUCGUCCAGCGAGCAAGCGCUCGUUGAGUCAGCUUCGACGACAGUAACGACGCUAGGAACGACUCCGAACGCAUCACGAGAGACGGAGCUUUCGGAACUCGAAACGUCGUCGCCGGCCACGUUUGCGACGACCGCCAGAGCAAGAAUUGCGUCCGAGGUCACGCAGAUUUCAGUUAUGAAUUCCACGGACCUCGACCGCAACAGCACGCAGCUGGACGCCGACUACGGCACCGACGAUGACUCGGGCGAUGACGACGCCUAAGGCGCGCCAAUAGCCAGAAGUUGGGACCCAUGGUUCUCGACUUGUAGUCUAUACACCGAUUUCCAGCGCAAAAACACUUUUGCCCAGAUGGCUGCGAAAGCGUUGGAUAACAACGAAUUUGCGAAGCUCUGAAAGUGGCGCCCGCCUUCUGCACCGGGUGGUCUGUACCUUUGUGUUGCGAUGACCGAAAGCGAAUUAGAACGUCCUGUGUAUUUCAGCCGGACCACCACCAUCACCACUCCUGGAACGUCGCCCUCGAGGAAAUUUCAACCUGGAGGCGAUUACAUCAGGCUGGUAAUGCCGCAAUACCACGACGCGAGCCUGAGCCUCCGAGGAGGAACUAGUUUCGUAAAAAGCGUUUUUUUUUCUUGUUUCAUUUUGUAGCAUUCAUUUUUCUCCAAU